AUGGCACUGGCUGCUAAGCAACGUGCCAAAGCCGCCGGCACGAAGGCAAGCGCGCCCCCUGUGCGAGUCAGGCCAAAGUCGCCCUCGUUCGCGAAGGAAAGUCCGCAACUGGAGCAUGAGCUUUCAAGAGCGCUUGCAGCAGGGGACGCUGAGAGGAAACACUUGCAGACGCACGAGACCGAAUGUCGCGUGAUGCAGCGCCAGCUGCUAUCGUGUCUCAAGGAAAACGAAGAGCUUCAACACCGCAUCAAAGCUGCUGAAGCAGACAAACAACAACAUCAGCAAGAGCUCGAUUCGGUCCGCCAUGAAAACACCAGCAUGCAAUCGCAGUUGGAGGCGUUGAGGUCAGAAAAGCUGGCUAUUCUCGCCCAUCUGAACGUUGCCAAGCAGCAGCGACAGGCUUUGCUGCACCAAAGUGGCGCUGUGGCGAAAGAGGUGCAAACGUUGCGACAGCGCCUGGCCAAAUCGGCAGAGGAGGACGCGAGGCAAAAGUCGGAGCUGAAGAAGCUGGAGGAUGAGCUGCAGAUGCUUAGGCAGCAAUUCUCUGUUGUGGAGCAAAGCAAGUAUGGGCUGGAACAGAAAAUCGAGUCGGCAAAGACUGAGCGUGAUGCUCAGCGACUGGCAUGUCGACGUGUUCAGCAACAGCAAAGGGCCUGCCAUUCUGAGAUGGGGAGUUUGGAGACAGAGCGGCAGCUGCUGAUGUCCCAGGUCAGCGAGGCGGAGCAGAAGAAAAAAACUGUUGAGCAGAAGCUUGGAAGGGAGCAGGCCGCGCAGGCUGCUCUUCAAGGCCGCAGAGCCGCGCUGCAACGGGAGAUCAAGAGACUAGAGCAACAAGAUGCGAACGCACUUGAGGCAAGUAAGCAGCUGAAUGCAGACGUUGCCAAGCUCGAGGAGGCCAAGAAGGCAUUGCACAGAAGACUUCAAGCCGCUUCUACUGAGAUGGCAGCAAAGCGGCACAACCUCCUGAGCGAGAGUCAGCAGCUGAGUCCGCUGAGUGCGGGCUCGGAGCGUGUGUUUUCCUUCACUCCCUCAUCAAGGGAUGAUGCGCUCCUGACGGGCAUGGAAGCUUCUCGUGGCACUGUCUGUGAAGCAGGUGCUGCAGAUGCCGUGGCCGGACGUGCGGCCACUGAGGGUCGGUGCUCCGUCUCGGAUGCUGGUAGGAUGGACAGCUUGGAGGGAAGGACGGAGUCCUUGAAAGAACCCGAAGAGGGGGGCGGAGGUGCAGGAGGUCACGGAGGCUCCCGCGGCUCCCGCGGCUCCGGUGCCUCGGGCUCCGGCUUCCUAAGUGAGCGCGCUCCCGAAGCGGAAGCGGAAGAUGCGGAAGAUGCGGAGCUUGGGAACUCGGAUGCUUUGGCCGACCUCGGCCUCGACCUCGGCCUCGACCUCGGCCUCGAGGCACACGGCACGAUCCGAGUCACUUCUGAGUCUGAGAGGGGCUUUGCUUUUGGAGGCAGCGGGCCCGGGCCCGGAGGACCUGCUGGGAGCUGGAGACGAGAUGGAGCACGCUGA